GAGGAGCCUCAUAUUGUUCUUAUUCAUUCGCUGUGUCAGAGGGAUCCUGGAGACUGGUGAGCCCUGCUCUGGCCAUUGUCUUCAUCGACGGUGCCAUGCACACCAAAUAAGCACCUCCUUCUUCAUUCAUCGUACCUUGGUAGAGUUUGGUAUUGAUGUUGGCAUAACCACAAGUUCAUAAUCUGAUGAAUGGCUGCUAGGGGCAAAGUUCUGCCAGUGUUUGAGGGGCGCUCUGUUCAAGGUUCUGGGAUGAUGCGGCAUGGUCCAUUUCCUGGUUUGAGUUCUGCUGCUGCACAUCGUCCUCUGGAGUCCCUGCCUCCUCCUCACCUGUUGGAGCAUAAAAUUGCUGCUCAGGAAGCAGAAAUAAAGCAACUUGCUGGGGACAAUCAUAGACUGGCAAGUACACAUGUGGCCUUAAGAGAUGCCCUUGUGUCCGCCACUCAGGAUUUGCAAAAGCUGAAGUCGCACAUUAGAAGCAUACACACUGAAAGUGAUAUUCAGAUCAGAGUUUUACUAGAUAAGAUUGCAAAAAUGGAGGUAGAUAUUAGAGCUGGUGAUACUGUAAAGAAGAACCUGCAACAGGUUCAUAUUGAGGCACAGAGCUUGGCAGCUUCUAGGCAGGAAUUGAGUGCCCAAAUUCAACGAGCCACUCAGGAACUGAGGAAGGCCCAUGGUGAUGUUAAGAAUAUGCCAGAUUUGCAGGCUGAGCUGGACAGUUUAGUGCAAGAGCACCAGAGGUUACGUGCCACAUUUGAGUAUGAAAAGAACAAAAACGGAGAGCUGGUGGAUCAAAUGAAAGCAAAAGAGAAGGAUCUAAUAGCAAUGGCGAAAGAAGUUGAAAUGUUACGAGCUGAGAUUUUGAAUGCUGAGAAAAGAGGAAAUGCACCAAAUCUGUUUGGAGCUGCUACUCCUGUAGACAGCAAUGGUCCCUUUGUUGAUGCUUAUGGGAGAGCUCAUGGUCAUGUAGGAGAGAGUAUGGUACCGUAUGUUGACAGCAACGGAGUAGCAGCUGUCAAUAGUGCUGGUGGUGGUAGUGCUGUUUGGCCAGGUCCAUAAGAUCCCUCUGGUUGCUCAGAAGUGAAGUUUAAUCAGAUGCAGCUCGACUUUAGCUUUUGCUGGUAUAAUGCAUGGGGAAUUGAUGUUUUUUUUUUCUGUUUAAAUCUCACAGAUUGGGCUUAAUACAAUUUUGUGAAUUUUUGAAUAAAAUCUGCAAAUUGAAGAAGCCACAGAUCUUUCUCUCAAACAACUUAUGGGGGGAGAAAUUGGACGUCUGAUCAAACAUAGGCUAUGUAGUGAACUGUUAUUUUUUUUUCCCCAAGUUUUUAGCUUUAGAGGACGCAAGCCUAUUUUUUGGCGUGCAUAUGAAACAUGUUUAGGAUGAAACUGUUUGCAAGUCAUUAUUGAU